AUGUCUGAUACGCAUGGUUUCCACAUGUUUCAUUAUCUUGAAGCAAGAGAACUCCCUUUAUUUUGCAGCCCUAUAUUUCCAUUAUAUCUGACCGCAGAUCAAAUAUUAGAACCUAUUCUAAAUAUGUAUCUUUCAUGUGAUCAAGCUCCUCAUCCUCAUAGUGGCUAUAUAUUGUACUUAAGGGAUGUCGCCGCAAGGAAGUUUACGCCAUUCGAAGUUAGUACUUCCUGGAUUAAACAAUCCGAUGAAGUUAAAAACUUGUUCAGAGACAUCGCUCGUGCUUAUAAGAGAAUACACAAGAUAUUUUUCAUUUUCAAGAAUCAAGAAUGUAUGAAAGUUAGACGAAGGCGUCGUAGAACGACAUUACCUAGACCUGAAGACUUGAUUCCUGUGAACCUGACUCAAUACGUACCUGGGUACGUUAAUCCAAAUCAUUUUGAUCCCAGGUACUUUAACCCGAAUCUUUAUUAUACUGUUCCUGAUUAUUAUGUUUCGGGAAAUUUUGUAAACAACAGUGGAUGGUAG